AUUGAAUGAAUCUUUCCUGCCUCUGUUUCAAGUAAACUCUUUGUAGUGAUCAUAAAUACAACCCAUACUCGAAAACUCCCCCUCGACCAUUUUCCAUGAUGCCCUCCACCUUGACCGCUUCUCCAGUCAUUCAACCGUCUAGUUCGAGUCCGGUCCAAAAACCGACGUCUCUCCGCAACGCACAUACAUACCCUCCCACCAAUCAAUCACCGUCUUCACAUCCAUCACCUUCAUCCCCACUGGUCUCAGCCCCUCGAAUGAAUCGAUCCUCCUCCUCACCUUCCAAAACCACCAGACCCGCUGUAGUCAACGUGGCUUCGAAUCUCAUCGUCAAAAUUCGUCAAGGCGCGCAUGCUAUGAGUCACAUCCCGAGCCACCACCGUCGUGCUUCGGAUGCGUCCAGUCACAGUUCGUCCAGCUCAUCUGAAGAGGAGAAAGCCGGAAGCGAGGCGGCUCAGCCUAUGGCUUCUCCCAUAAAGAACAUGACGCGGAGGAAUCAUUUAACGUGGCGGUGCUCUUCUGGUUCUCCGCGGACUUUGCAAACAGCUCCAGAUCACCAGGCGGAGCCAUUUACAUACAAAGAUACGUUCGUGUGCUCUGGAGGCGUCAAUUUACCUCUUCUUUUGCGCAUGACGAGGGUGAGCCUGGUAGAGGUCGUCGAGAGCCGUGCGGGUAUCGGCAUGGGUUUUGGAAGUGGAAGAAAAAUUGUUCUGGAUUCCGAAGAAUGGACGUGUAGGAUAAGUGGUCCACCUGUACAACCUAUAUCUCCUCCUUCGACGCCAACGUCAGCAACGUUUACACCGAUUUUUAAGCCAGCGUCGUCAUCUCCUUAUCACUCAUAUCCCUCGAAACGUCUCAAUCUUGACACCGCUUCUGCCUCUACUAGCAAGACGAGCAUAACACAGAGCCCGACCAAGCCUCACAAGAAUGUGAAGAAAUACACAGUUCACAUCCACUACUAUGCUAGCGCAACGAUCGUUGCCUCUGCUGGUAGCUCCCCAACGAUUGGCAGAAGCGAGUGCAAUCAGCCCGUUGCUCUAGACCGGGCGAGAGAAGGAAGCAUACAGGGUCUAAUGACGAUCUUGAGCAGGCGCGAGCCUAAAUAUUAGGAUCGGCUACAUAAGUCUCAAGCUCAAAAUCCUAAACUUCCUAAAUUUCUUGACUACCGUUUCCCUGUCUGCGCCUGCACACUGAUCAUGCUA